AUGCAGAGCGCCGAAUACUCCUCCUCCAAUCAAUGUCCCAAUCCAUGCUUCUCAUGGCCGUCAUUGAAUCAGCGCUCUCGUAUUGGAAAUGACGUGAAUCAUGAAACCAACGCCGCACGCAAACCCACCGACGAACUCAUCUCCCAAUCGAUGGCGCAGUUGUCCUUUCAAGAGCGGCAAGAGGAGCAAGAGCAUCUGCAUGGCGUUGCCUCCGUCGGUCCAGAAGUUCCACACCAAAUUGAUCAGCUACUCCAAGAUCAAGACGAUCAUUUGGAACGACUCAAGCAAGGAACUGUCUUUCAAGAGGCAGAAGCGAUGGACCCUCAAUUUACCAACGAUCGCUCCUUUCGGUUAAUGUUCCUCCGUGGGAAUCGCUACAAUCCCAAAGAAGCUGCGGAACAAAUGAUUCGAUUCAUGGAUACCAAACAACAGCUCUUUGGUGCCUCCAAACUGAACCAACAAAUUACACUCAAGGAUCUGAACGACGAUGAUCGUGCCUGUGUUGAAAACGGGUCCUUUCAAAUGUUGCCUUCGCGUGACAGUUCCAAUCGUCCUAUGAUGUUGGAAGUUCCAGGCUUAACAAGUUAUCGGCAACUGGAAAACGAAUUGAGGGCCAGGUUUUACAUCUAUAUGGUCCUGUUGGAACAAAAGGAAUCUCAAAUACAAGGGGUCAUUUUCAUUUCCUACGGCGUCGGAAACUACAAAGAGAAAUUGAAUGGAGCUGGUUUUGUGGAACAAACCAGACUUUCACUGGCCAUUCCAGUUUUCUUUGCGGCAUUGCACUUGGCGACUGCCGAUUUGAAGCAUUACAUCUUGAUGUCUACAUGCUUUGCGCUUGUGCCGGCCAAGACCCGUGCUCGAUUCCGAUUGCAUUUGGGCAGCCAUGUGGAAUGCCAAUAUCAGCUCUCUACUUAUGGAAUACCCUGCUCGGCACUUCCGUUUGCAGGCUCUAACAAUGACAACAUUCUGUUGGAGAAUCAUCUCCGUUGGUACAAGGCACGAUUCGUCCAAGACUUUGGGGAAAAUGCCGCUGCCCAGUUCCCUUCCAAACUAUCGGCCUUGUCCGCCAAUGUGCCCAUGCGAAACGAUGUUGUAUUUGGACGAAAGAAAUUGCAGCACGAAGGAAAUAGGAGAUUUCGAGUCUUUGUGCGGAACAUGGCGGGCAAGUACGAUGAAUCCAACAAGACCAACAAACGGCUGACGAGGGAGCAUUUGAUCAAGGAGAUUCGGGAUGCGGGAGGCAAGUUUCUAAUCAUGCACGAAGAUACGGCGCAGGGCUUUGAAGAAUUGAGCUUGGAAGACGUUCAUGGGAAAAUUGCCCAAGCGUUUCGAAACUAUCGCAGGCCAAGAGCCAUGCCCUCGAAAUUUGGAACUGGCGGGGAGCUGAACCCGAAUGUCUCUAACCAUGAUAAUAGUGACAAGGGCAUGCCGGUAGAACCUAGAUCUGACGAUGUAUUGUUUGGAAGAAAACGAAACAACAAAGGCAACAAGCGCGUCCGAGAACUGGUGAGUGAAAUGUCGACCGAGUACGAUGUGGCCCCCAAGGCUCGCAAACGAGAGUUGACCGAAUCUGUCGUUCAGGCUAUUAAGCGGUCGGGAGGACGCUUUUUGCGACAGAUCCAAGCGACGGAGCAAUGGGAGGAGGUGCCUGAUGAAUAUGCCCGGGGCAAGAUAUCCAAACACUUUCAGAACAGUCGUCGGGCCUCCAAGAAACCUUUUGGGACACAGUAG